AUGUCGCACUGGGUGCAUGCGCUGUCGCGUGACGAGGGCAAGCCGCGGUGCCGGAACUGCGUUGACCGCAAUUUCCAAUGCCAGUAUGGCCCCCAGUUGACCUUUUUGUCAAAAAAUGCACACACCAUUCAGGCCUCGCAAGUCGGCACUCCAUCCGCGAGAUACGAGGCCAUCAGGUUUAUCAAUGAAGAGCCCCAGAAGGAUAUUACCGAAGCUGAAGAUGAUGAUAUGGAUGAAAUACCCUCUCAUAUCGAUUUACCACCGCACUCGCAGGAGGCUGCCGACACGAACCCGCUUAGCCAUCCACCCAGAAAUGAAGAUAUGCCGUCUGGGUCAGAGGAGCCAGUAUCCCAUACUGCGAACGAUCUUCCUUCUACUGCAGUGCUCAGUGACAAGGACGAAUCAGCCGUCGCAGGAUUGUUGGCUCUGGGGACCAGCAUGAAUGGACACGAUCUGGGAAUGGCAGACUUUACGGUCUCAUCCCCCGAAGUAGUCACUCUGACGAGCUCCACGAUUCCAUCCCGUUUGUCGCAUAGCCGACCAGCCUUCUCUCCGCAACCUAUGCUUCCUCCCAAAUCACCUGCAGAUGAGCUUUCGCCGACUGAAACCCAGGCGCUGCUGAGGCACUAUCGUUAUGAAGUAGCCUCCUGGUUGGACAUAUGUGACCUGGGGCAAUCAUUUGGAAUCAAUGCCCUCCAGGUAGCGAUGAGAUCGCCUGCCAUCUGGAAAUCAAUUCUAGACCUGUCUGAAACGUCGUUCAAUCAGCUUCACACGCAAAAUCCACGCAAAGAAGGAAGCAGGUCAUUUUCUCAGUUUGGCGACGAGGAUAUACUGGACAACAUUACAAAUUCCGCUCUUCUUGAUGUUCUCGAUCGAGUGAUGGAUUCCAUUUCGAAUAUAUCUACUGCGUGGACGAUGAAAAGACACUACAAUACUGGUCUUUUGAAUGCGUUGAGUUCCCACGCAGUUGGCAGAGACCUCAAUGCAGCGAUCUAUUGGCUCUUUGCCAGGCUUGAUGUCGGAACUGCAUUAGCAAGCGAUAGUGAUGUGCAGGUACCGCUGCCACCGACGUUCCCCUGUUUAACUGAAGUAGACAUGGUGGCCGACCCAUAUGAAAUGGUCUUCUACUAUGCAUACCGGCCACUGUGGCUCUGCGCGAAAGCAAUCCACUUCAUGCACAAUGAGGAAGUUUCCCCAUAUCGCCCUCCCCUGCAUACAUGGAUGCAGCUAGUGGAGGAGCUUGAGCAAUGGUAUCGGGAGCGACCCCAGGAGUUUCAACCCAUGUUAGAACUAGAGAUGGAUGAUCGUUUGGCUGGGCCGGAGAGGAGCUUCCCGGUUGUUCUCUUUGCCAAUGGAGCUGGCUUGUUCGGCAACCAGCUUUACCAUACGGCCAUGCUCCUGCUACUACAUAAUAAACCGCGAACUGCGCGGAUCACCGACUUUCAAUCUGCUGCCAUGUCACCGUUGUGGCAUGCGCAGCGCGUCUGUAGUAUUUCUCUCCACAAUGACCGACGAGAAUGUUGGGACCCAUGCCUUCUAGCGUCCUUCUUUGUGGCAGCUCGUCGAAUGACACACGAGUCGCAGCAACAGGAGGUGUUGCGAGGGUUUGAUCGCAUCUGCACAGUGACAGGAUGGAAUGCCCAUGACUCUGUGCAAGGUCUGCGAGUGGAAUGGGGUCUUCUUGACGAGACAUGA